AUGAACGAUAUAGAAUGUAGCUCGCUCUUGGACGAAGCUGAUGCAGCUGAGCAAAAGACAGUAUCCGGCUGGGCCGAGUUUGCAACACAAGACCUCCCGCGGAUUCCGCAUAAAACUAGGAAGCUUGAUGAUCAAAUCAUUGUUAUAAAUGUUUCCGGCGUCCGUUACAUGUGCUGGAAGUCUACUUUGGAGAAAUUCCCUGAAUCUCUUUUGGGCUCCCACGAGCGCGAUUUCUUCUACGAUCAAGUCAAUGAUGAGUAUUUCUUCGACCGAGACCCAGAAGUUUUCCGACACAUUAUCAGCUACUUCCGCACAGGAAAACUACACUACCCGAGAACAGAGUGCAUUGGUUUGGUGGAAGAAGAGCUUGUUUUCUUCGGGAUUUCCCCUGAUAUUAUCCACGAUUGCUGCUAUGAAGACUAUCGAGAGAAGAAAAGAGAGUUUAUGGAGAGAACGAUGGAGGACAAAGUGGAGGGUGGCAACGAAAAUUCCAAGCUUCCGGUGCCGCAUAUCUCCCUACGAAAGAGAAUGUGGUCUCAAUUCGAAAAUCCGCACACAUCUACCGCUGCCCUUGUGUUUUAUUACGUUACAGGUUUCUUUAUCGCCGUUUCUGUCAUGGCUAACAUUAUCGAAACGAUGGGUUGCGGCGAGGACCCUGUAGAUCCGUCGAAGGUUUUAUCGUGUGGCGACAAGUACAAGCUUAUCUUCUUCUGUCUUGACACUGCCUGUGUCAUGAUCUUUACAAUCGAAUAUAUUCUGCGUCUCUAUGCUUCGCCCGACAGGUGUAAAUAUAUGCGAGGAGUUAUGAGCCCAUAUUAUGUUGGACUGUUUCUGCCAGCAAAUGACGACGUCUCCGGUGCCUUCGUGACCCUGAGAGUGUUCCGAGUGUUCAGAAUCUUCAAGUUUUCAAGGCACUCCCAAGGUUUGCGGAUAUUGGGCUACACGCUGAAAUCAUGCGCCUCCGAGCUCGGCUUUUUACUUUUCUCCAUUGCAAUGGCGCUGAUUAUCUUUGCCACUGUCAUGUUUUACGCAGAAAAGGGAUCAGCGGAAACCACUUUUACGAGCAUCCCAGAAGCGUUUUGGUACACCAUUGUCACGAUGACUACUUUAGGCUAUGGUGACAUGGUGCCGACGACUGUAACUGGCAAGAUCUUCGGCUCCGUCUGUUCCUUAUCCGGCGUGUUGGUAAUCGCGCUCCCAGUUCCCGUCAUCGUCUCCAACUUUUCGCGGAUUUACUCGCAAAAUCAACGAAGUGAUAAACGCCGCGCGCAAAAGCGCGCUCGUCUGGCCCGAAUCCGUGCAUCCAAAAACAGAAAAUACACGAGUCUCGUCAGCGUCCAGGAUCCGAGCAAUUCAGAAGACGCACCUAAACAGAAUGGAAUCAGAAUAAACGACUGCGCUGCUAUUGACGAACGUACAAACGAACCUUACUCCGAAGACCGAAUUAAUUAUAACACUUCACCAUCACCUCACUUAAUUAAGAAUAUUCAUCAGUCGCAACAAGAAAGCACAAGUAAGGCGCUGAACCACAUUGCUAAAAAGACAAUUAUUGAAGCUUUGAAUAAAUAA